AUGGAUGUCAGUUCACCUCCUCUGAUGAGAAAGCUCCUGAUCGGGCAGCUGACUGCAUAUCCACAGCGUAUACCGGUGUUCGACGCGACGCGCCAAGUCUGGUUUCGCCGCUCCGAUCAGCUGGGGGGCGACAAAUCUUUGGUUUGGAGCCUUGUGUGGAUCCAAGGAACCGUCCUCACUCAUUCUGACCCUCAAUGUUUCAUGUUGGAUGAUGCAACUGGUCGAAUCUCGGUUGACUGCCGUGGGGACACGGCGCAAGAAUCUGUCGCUAGGCCGACCGAUGGAGAAUAUGUGGCGGUGAUCGGGCGAUUACUGGGAUCAAACGGUGAUUGUCCUUUACAAAUCUCGGCAAAAAGCGUAAUUUCGAUUUCCCGUCAACUGCCGUUUGAUCCCCCUGGAUCCUCUAUUUCUAGCAUGUCGGCAUCCGAACUCUCGUGGCCGUUCGAAGUGAAAGAUAUGACAUUUUCAUUUUAG